GGGGCUCCGCAGCAUCAUCGUUUGUCGUUGUCUGCGAAGCUGCCUGCCGGAAGAAAACCAAGGACGAGUUUUGUGUAAAGAAAGUACAAGUAGCUGCAAAGCUGUCUGACGCUGAGGGUCACUUGAAGUGACUAAAGGCGCGGCGCGCUCGCCGAAAAGCCGCUGGCUCAGCGCGGAGUUAGCUCACUUGUUUUGCUGAGAUGUUUGGGAGGAGUUAGUAACAAAUUAUCGUAUUUGGGGGAGGCAAAUCUAUACUUCUUUCUUCUUCCGCGGGGAGUUUCGUCCUUUUUCUGGCAUCAGAAAUUAAUAUAUUGGGAUACAUUAACUGAGGGGAAGCUUUAACACGCAGCACCACCUAGUGGGGAAAUGUUGUAUCAAAUUUCGUGUUUCAUCUUAAGAGGCUGGCUGGAGCCCCUUUGCCCUUUGCAAGUCUUUAAUAGGACACAUUGAAGAUAGCUCGAUGGUGGAGGAAGCUGAAUACUGUUUCGUGGCCACUAAGGCAGCAGAUGCUCACCAUUUGACAGCAGAGGAGAGGAACCAAGUUAUCCUUGACCUGAAAGCAGCAGGAUGGUCAGAAUUACAUGAGAGAGAUGCCAUCUACAAGGAAUUUUCCUUCAAAAAUUUUAAUCAGGCAUUUGGCUUCAUGUCCCGAGUCGCCCUGCAAGCCGAGAAGAUGAAUCAUCACCCGGAAUGGUUCAAUGUGUACAACAAGGUGCAGAUAACCCUAACGUCGCACGACUAUGGUGGACUGACCAAGAGAGAUGUGAAACUGGCCAAGUUUAUUGAAAAAGCAGCCGCUUCUGUGUGAUUUUUUUCUAAAAUGCGUGUCAAACCUGGCGCACGUCUUAGCCAUCAUGUAUGUGGAAGGCAGUUCACAUGAACAAAUUCGCUUGUCAGUUUAAGCUUACCUUUUGAACAGUGUUUAGUACAAUCAGUGCUUAAUUACAAAAUGAUUUAAAUUUGA